GCUCCCCAGGUGCGUCGGGUUGGCCUUCAGGUUUUUUACGCCACCUUCGCUAUAACCCGGCCAGGGGAGACGGAGGGAGAGGCCUCCACGCGCGCGCCCCUCUUCCCCUUUGAAUGCUGGCGGGCAAAGCGGCAGCCUCGCCUAAAGCCCCUCUGUCGGCGGCGGCGGCGGCUCCUCCUCAGCUCAGCGGAGCGGAAGGCAAGCGCUGCAAAGAGCGGCCUCAAGACCGGCCCGCCUCUCCGCCGCCCAGACGACCGACUCCCAUGGCCCUCUCUGAGGCCCAGGCCUGCGGGAGGCGGCUGCUGCUGUGGUCGCCACCGAGGGUCAUCCUCUUCGGAGACUCCAUCACUGAGUUUUCCUUCCAAGAAAAUGGAUGGGGAGCCUCACUUGCUCACUGCUUGGCUAGAAAAUGUGAUGUUCUGAAUCGUGGACUCUCUGGCUAUAACACAAGGUGGGCAAAAAUUGCUCUGCCAAGAUUGAUCAGCAAAGAUUCUGAUGCUAAGAACACUGUUGCUGUAACUGUCUUCUUUGGAGCCAAUGAUGGUGCUUUAAAAGAUGUGAACCCUAAACAGCAUGUGCCACUGGAUGAGUACGCUGACAAUUUGAAAAAUAUGAUACAAUACCUAAAGUCUGUGGACAUUACAGAGGAUAAAGUAAUUUUGGUGACGCCACCACCCCUGCAUGAAGCAGCUUGGGAAAAAGAGUGCAUUGCCAAAGGUGAAAAAUUAAACCGCCUCAACUCUACCACAGGAGAAUAUGCCAAGGCAUGUGUUAAAGUAGCCAGUGAGUGUGGCACUUCCAUCAUUGAUCUGUGGACACUUAUGCAAAAAAAUAACCAGGACUUUGGCUGCUACCUCUCCGAUGGACUUCAUUUAUCAGCAGAAGGAAACAAUUUUCUAGCAAACCAGCUUUGGUCACUCCUGGAACAAAGAACAUCGGCACUCCCUGUAAUGCUUCCCUACUGGCGUGAUGUAGAUCAUCUCAACCCUGAAGCUAGCCUUCAGGGGAAUCUUCACGAUUUAUAAAAGUUAUAAAACAGUGGCUGCUGGAGAGAAAACAGCAGGCAAUCAUGGUAAUAUACCUUUGAUUAGAUCACACCUCUACAGAAGGUGCCUUUAUUACAAAGAGAAGUCAGCUUGCACACAACGCUUUUAAGGAGAGGUAUAAAAAUCACUUUAUUACAUUGUAUUGGGAGUUCACUUCUCACACAAAAUUUUACUGCUAAGUAAGAAAUCUAAAAUCAGACUAUAGAUACAAAUACCAAAAGGGCACAAGUUCAAGUAUUAGUGUAACAAAUAUCCAUGAAAAAGACAGAUUUGUCACAGGUUUGGUUGAUCAGAUAUGAAAAAAUACAAGUCUUUCAUAACUGAGGAUUAUUUUUUUAUACUUUGUUGGCUUUUGAUGCAGCUAUUAAAUGUGUACAUUUUACACAUAUUAAUGUA